GUAUUUUUACUAGCAAAAUUUUUAGAACAUUGAAUAUUUGUUGUCAAAGCUAACAACUCAACUUAAACCUACCUUCCUACAUUUCCAAGCCUUCAAUCCCAAGAUUAAGUCACCUAGCUCUCUUUAUUUUGCUGCUACCACAACUAUAAUUCUUGAUCAUACCGGAACAGCUUUUAAGCUAGAGUUUCACAAUGAUGCCGGUAUCACCUGAUGCUUUUCCAUCAAGGAAGCGGCGGCCCUCCGCCGCGGCUUUCGUGUCGCCGAAUUUGUCGGGACGGAGGCUACUGCAAUCCCUGUUGCUUCUUUCGCAAGAAACUUCCGCUCUCCGGCCUCUCAAGACCAUCCUCAACCGGAACUCUUCUUCUAUUCUCCGUAAAAUCAAGCUUAUUUAUGUACUGCUUGACGAACUUCUCCGCGAAUAUUCGGAUUCCUCGUUUCCAGCUUCGGCUGACUUGUGCUUGGAAGAAUUGUACAUAGUUUUGCACAGGAUUAAAACUCUAUUAGAAGAUUGUCACAGCGGAAGCACGUUGUGGCUUCUUAUGCAUCAUGAUUCGGUUUCUCAUACGUUUCACCAGCUCACCAAUGAGUUGUCAACGCUCCUCGACAUUUUUCCGGUUCAUGAUUUGAAUGUGAGCCAAGACGUGGACGAACUGGUCGGUCUGAUUAGGAAACAGUGUAAUUCCGCGGAACAACAGGCUUUUGUGGAACCGCGAGAUCAGGAUUUGAAACGGCAAGUGCUGGGAUUACUAAACAGGAUUAAGAGAGAAAUUGUUCCGGACCAUUCCAAGCUCGCGGAGAUUUUUAAUAAAUUGGAAUUGUGUGAUUCCGCGAGUUUUAAUCAGGAAAUUCAGAGUUUGGAAGAUGAGGUCCAGAACCAGGGGGAUGAGAAUUCCAAGGCGGAUGUGAUUGCUUUGAUCGGACUGGCGAGGUAUGCGAAAUGUGUGCUGCACGGAGCGUCAACGCCUAGAAGCAGUAGCAGCAGACGGAGGCGAUCCAUGGGGGAAUUGACUUUUCCAGCUGACUUUCGGUGUCCUAUUUCUCUGGACUUGAUUAGAGACCCAGUGGUGGUAUCCACGGGUCAAACAUAUGAUCGGAAUUCGAUUAAUCAGUGGCUGGAAUCAGGCCACAACACGUGUCCGAAAACAGGUCAGACUCUGUCUCACACGGAUUUAAUACCUAACAAUGCUUUGAAGAGCUUGAUUGCUAUGUGGUGCCUCCAGCAGAGGAUUCCGUUUGAAGCGACGGAGGUUAAUGACAAAUCCAAGGGUGUCAAAAUUCCCAAUAAGGCGGCGUUGGAGGCCACCAGGAUGACGGUGUCGUUUUUGAUGAACAAAUUGACGGUUUCUCAGUCAGCUGAAAUGAUCAAUAGGAUGGUUCAUGAGCUUCGUGCAUUGGCGAAAACAGAUUCAGAUAACCGGGCAUGCAUUGCGGAAGCCGGUGGCUUGCCUUUGCUUGUGAAAUUCUUAGGGUCGGAUCAUCCAAAUCUACAGGUCAAUGCGGUGACCACCAUACUCAACCUGUCUAUACUGGAAGCGAAUAAGGUGCUGAUAAUGGAGACGGACGGAGUCCUGAACGGUGUUAUUGAGGUGUUGAGGUCGGGUGCAACGUGGGAGGCAAAGGGGAAUGCGGCCGCUACAAUAUUUAGCUUGACAGGUGUACAUGCUUAUCGGAGAAAGCUAGGGAGGAAGACACGUGUGGUGAAGGGACUGAUCGAUCUAGCCAAAGCAGGUCCAACAAGUUCAAAAAAGGACGCGUUGGUGGCCAUUUUGAAUUUGGCGGGAGACAGGGAGGUGGUUGGGAAGUUAGUUGAGGAAGGUGUGGUGGAAAUGGUUGGUGAAAUCAUCGACGGCCUUCCUGAAGAGGUGGCCGCCAUUCUGGAGCUGGUGGUGAAGAAGGGUGGACUGGCCGCCGUGGUCGCAGCCUAUCGUGUUAUCGGGAAAUUGGGUAAAAUAUUGAGGGAAGGCUCAGAUAUGGCUCAGGAGAGUGCUGCAGCAACGCUUGUGAAUAUUUGUCGGAAAGGAGGAUCCGACGUGGUGGCAGAGCUAGCGGGGAUCACAGGCAUUGAGAGGAUUGUAUGGGAGUUGAUGGGAAUGGGGACGGGAAGAUGCAGACGUAAGGCGGCGACAUUGCUGAGGAUAUUGAGGAGAUGGGCAGCUGGGGUGGAUCAUAACGGAAUUGCAACAGCUGCAUAUUCAUCUUCAAGGAGCACGAAUAUUGCGAAUUCGACAACAAUUAUGUUGCCUUCCUGAGACGAAUCAGACUCUCCUCGUCUACAAUUCUUUCCUUUUUUUUCUUUAUUGUUGUUCGUAAAUCUUAACACAGAUCUAAGAUGUAGGUUUUGAUACUGUAAAGUACACUUUCUAAAUUUUCAAUACAAAACUAUAAUUUCCCAGGUGGA